GCAGAGAGAAAAAGAAAGAAUAUGGCUUUGCCUGUUCUUCUUCUUCUUUAUGCUUAGAGCUUCCAGUUUUCAAGAAUGGCGGCUUAAGCAUAUUUUUAAUCUCUUUUAUAAAGUAUCAUCUUCUUCUUUUGGUUUUCCUCCGUUGGCCACCAUAAAAACACGAAUAGUUUCGGUCAAUGCCAGCUGGCUAGGCUUCAAUGUUGUAAUGGCGCUUGCUUUUCUUUGGGCGCUUAUAAAUGGCCUUCUUCCCUGAAUCUGUAGGCUCUCUCUCUUUUCCAAUUUUUCUUUGCUAAUGUUUCUUUUUCGUUGGAUCCUUGGCUAAAAUUAAGGUUUUAAUCCUGUCUGAUCUAUUACAUUGUCGUUGUUUUGUUUUCUUUCUUUUUUCUGGCUAUGGACAAUUUCUACUAGAUCUGAAGUGAUUCUCAUGCUUUUUUUUCUUUUUUCAUGGAGUACCAUACCAAUAACGAUUGCUUUUUUUUUUCCACUAUAAUUCUCUAGUUCCAACAGGAAAUGAAUUUGGAAAAUGCAGGACUUGAUGGGUGAACUUACUCCAAAAGUUACUAUUUUUGUUCUCAUUAAAAUUUACCUUAAAUUUUUUUCCAUGGUUCUGUAAGCAUUAAUUGAAGUCAGGUCUUACUGAAGAAAUAUGGAUUUUGAAUCAAAGAAGAAAAGGAAAUCUGUGGUGCCACGGUUUUUGAAAAACAAAUCAGCCUCUCGUUGUUUUUUUCCAAAGGUGAAGCCAACUAGUUUCAAUCCAGGCUGUGCACCAGUGUACCUCAAUGUAUAUGACCUAACACCCAUGAAUGGCUAUUUUUACUGGGCAGGCCUUGGCAUCUUUCAUUCUGGGGUGGAAGUUCAUGGUGUGGAAUAUGCAUUUGGAGCUCACGAUUACCCAACCAGUGGUGUUUUUGAGGUUGAACCACGACAGUGCCCGGGCUUCAAGUUCAGGAAAUCGACAUUCAUUGGGACCACAUCACUGGACCCUAUCCAAGUAAGGGAAUUCAUGGAGCGGAAUUCGGCAAGGUAUAGUGGAGACACGUAUCACUUGAUCGUCAAGAAUUGCAACCAUUUCUGCGAGGAUAUUUGUCACAAGCUGACUGGGAAACACAUUCCUAAAUGGGUAAAUCGGCUGGCUAGAAUAGGUUCAAUGUGCAACUGCAUUCUUCCUGAAGCCCUUAAGACUUCUGUCGUGCGGCAUGAUCCCAAUUAUCAACCAUAUGAUAGUGAGAAGAGGAGGCUGAGGUGCGCCUUCAGUUGCCUAUCUUCAGUGUCAAUGCGGCAGAAGUCUUCAUUACUUAUACAAUCACCCUUAAGAGGUUGCCUGCCACCAUGGGAAUCAAAAAAAUCAAACAAUGUUUUAUGGAAGGAAAGGUGAGACGACUGGUCGGUUGGCAUUUCAA